AUGGUGCAUGUCAGCAAACUCUCGGCUCUGCUCAUUCUCUUGGCCCAUCAUGUCAUUGGCAAGGAUGAAGAGCAGUUCGGGCAGGAUAAAGUCUGCUGUCCCCCAGAUUUGAAAGCUUAUAUUGCGAAGUAUUCGGCAGACAAGCCAAUGAAAUCUGUCACGCUGACUGGAAUCCACAACAACAUCAAUAACAAGAAAUUCAGAGAAGCAACUUGCAAUCUCAAGGCCGACCAUAAGAUCCUUUUAGAUCAAAUGAAGAAGCCGAGCAAGAAUGGAAUCAGUAAACAGCAGCCCUGCGGCCUGCUUAUUGAAGUGGCAGUUGGCCAGCACAGAGGAAAUCGUUCUACAAUCGCCUGCAAGCUCGAUGACUCGCCUGUCUAA